UCCGUGCAACAGGAGCUCACAGAGCUGUCCUUGUUGCUGCUGCUGCUACAGUGGAAUCUCUGGAGUUUUAAGUGCUUCUUCCCCCCAUCUCUUUCUCCCACUCAAGAGAGUGUCAUCAAGUCCCUGGAGCGUAGGAUGGAGAGAGAUUUCCCCCCCUCCUCCUUUUUCAUGUUAAACUUCCCAAACACCCUGCUGGGUUUGGCUUGCCUUUGGUAAACUCUCCCCCACUCACACACACAUGCUCCUUUGGAGAGCAACUUUCUGCUGGGGCUGCAAGUGGAUCUCUCAAGGUUACUCAAGAGAGGCUGGAUACUUUUUGACUGCCUUUUCUUCUACAGGCAUGGAUUUGUAGAAUAACUGCCAUUGUGGAAGGAAAAAGGAGAAUAUUUUGUUGGAGAAGAACAGAGUCAUGUCCUUUGCAGGAAAACACUCAAUACCUGCCAUCUUGCUACUACUUUUGCUCCUUUGGGGUGUAGAAAAGAUUCAGGCUCAGAGAGCGGGUUGUAAGAGCGUCCACUAUGAUCUCGUCUUCAUCUUGGACACCUCCUCCAGUGUGGGCAAAGAGGACUUUGAGAAGGUCCGCCAGUGGGUGGCUAAUCUGGUGGACACUUUAGAGAUUGGACCGGACAAAACCCGGGUUGGUGUUGUCCGCUACAGUGACAGACCAACCACUGAGUUUGAGCUUGGAAAAUAUCGGACUCGGGAGGAAAUAAAAGUAGCCGCAAAGAACAUCAAAUACUAUGGGGGCAAUACAAAUACCGGUGAUGCCCUACGGUACAUCAACACGUACAGCUUUUCUACAGAGGCUGGUGGGAGGCCAAGUGACCGCACCAUCAAAAAAGUGGCUAUCCUGUUGACCGAUGGCCGGAGCCAGGAUUAUGUUUUGGAUCCAGCCACCGCAGCACAUAAAGCAGGCAUAAGGAUCUUUGCCGUGGGUGUUGGCGAGGCCCUUAAAGAAGAGUUGGAUGAAAUGGCUUCAGAGCCCAAGUCUGCCCACGUGUUUCAUGUCUCCGAUUACAAUGCUAUCGACAAAAUACGUGGAAAGCUGAGGAGGAGACUUUGUGAGAAUGUGCUGUGUCCCAGUGUCCAUGUAGAAGGAGACAGGUUCAAACACACUAAUGGGGAGACUGAUGACAUUCCAGGGUUUGACCUGAUGGAAUCAUUCAGCGUGAGGGAGAUAUUUGGGAUGAAGGACAAUGGAAUCCACAGCUCUUACGUUCGCCUUGGGAGCUUCCCCAUUGUUCAGAAAACAGAAGAUGUUUUCCCACAAGGCCUUCCUGAUGAAUAUGCCUUUGUCACCACUUUCAAGUUCCGCAAGGCUUCCAGGCGAGAAGACUGGUAUAUUUGGCAGAUCAUUGACAAAUACGGCAUACCUCAGGUGUCUAUCCGACUGGAUGGUGAAAACAAAGCCUUGGAGUACAAUGCUAUCGGAUUGACCAAAGACGCUGUGAGAGUGGUCUUUCGGAAUGGCCGGGUCAGUGACCUCUUUGACCGUAACUGGCAUAAGAUUGCUCUGAGCAUCCAGUCCCAGAGUGUCUCCCUGUACAUCGACUGCAAACUGGUCCAGACGCUGCCUAUUGAAGACAGAGAAAAUAUUGACAUCCAAGGGAAGACAGUGAUUGGCAAGCGCCUCUACGACAGUGUGCCCAUUGAUUUUGAUCUUCAUCGGAUGGUUAUUUACUGUGAUGCAAGACAUGCUGAACUGGAAACCUGCUGUGACAUUCCCUCUGGGCCUAUACAGUGUCAAGUUGUUACAGAAGCUCCUCCCGCUGAAAUAACAUCCACUGUCGGAAGUGAACAAGUUGGCCCCACGGUCAACUGCUCCUGCCUACCUGGAGAAAAGGGUGAGAGAGGCCUACCUGGGUUUGAAGGUCUGAGAGGCCAGAAGGGAGAAAUUGGAUCAAUUGGACUUCCUGGCCCAAAGGGAGAAAAAGGAGAACUGGGUGGAGGAGCAGCUGGCCAAGGGGACAGAGGAGAAAAGGGUGAAAGAGGACCCCAAGGAUUACCUGGGCUGAUGGGCGAGAGAGGAGAAAAGGGCUCCCUUGGUGCACCUGGCAUCCCGGGGAGAGACGGUGCCAAAGGAGAGACAGGAGAGCCUGGUGUUCCUGGAGCAGUUGGACUCCCUGGGCCACCCGGCCUACAGGGGGCAGAAGGUCAGCCGGGGGGCCCAGGACGCCAAGGUUAUGUUGGAGCACCUGGCCUUCAGGGAGAAAGAGGAGAAAAGGGACCCCGAGGAGACAAGGGAGAACCAGGCCUUGAUGGUUUUCCUGGAAAGCCAGGUGUGGAUGGGAAACAGGGCAUCAAAGGGAGUCCAGGCCAACCUGGCUUCAUGGGACCCAGAGGAGAAAAGGGUGAACUAGGUCCUCCAGGAAAACCCGGCUCAGUGGUGCAGAUGGAAGGUUUGAAAGGGGAGCAGGGAGCUCCUGGCCCACGAGGUCCAAUAGGCUCUCCCGGAACUCCUGGUAGCCUGGGUUCUCCAGGACUGGAAGGCAAGCCAGGACCUGCUGGCUUACAAGGUCAAAGGGGUAAGAAGGGUGAAGUUGGUCCCCCAGGAGUUGAUGGAUUGCCUGGAUCUCAAGGUCCCCCAGGACCUUCUGGAGUCCCUGGUCCUCCUGGAAUUGCUGGCCCUCCAGGUCUACCAGGAGAAAUUGGCCGAAAUGGACAGCCUGGACCACCUGGUUUACCUGGGAAAUCUGGUCUGGAUGGCUUACCUGGAUUGCCCGGCUCAAAGGGAGAACGAGGAGAAAGAGGCGAUGACGGAUUCCCUGGGAAAAUUGGCCCCAAGGGUGAAGCAGGAGAUGCUGGCCGACCUGGACUAGCAGGCGAGAGGGGUGAAGCUGGCCUUCCAGGCCCACCCGGUUUGCCAGGAUCGAGGGGAGAGAAAGGAGAUCAGGGUGAAAAUGGUAGACCUGGACUCCCUGGUUUCAAAGGCGGAAGAGGUGACAAGGGCGAUGCUGGUCCUGCUGGUCCCCCAGGUUUACCAGGAACAACAUCCCUGUUUACUCCACAUCCCAGUCUUCCUGGAGAACAAGGGCCGAAAGGUGAAAGAGGUGACCCCGGAGAAAGAGGUGACCCCGGGCAACGUGGCAUUCCAGGUGAACAGGGGCCACCGGGACCUGCAGGGCCACAGGGUGUGAAAGGACAGCGAGGAGCAACGGGAGGACCUGGAACUCCAGGAGAGGCUGGUGCUCUAGGACCCGCAGGCCCUCUAGGACCACAAGGCUUGUCUGGAAAUGUGGGUAUACCUGGAGAUCCUGGCCAGCCAGGAAAUGAUGGGCAAAAAGGAGAUAAGGGAGAUCCUGGAAAGGAAGGGCAACCAGGUGCACCUGGGCCUACAGGUGAGCCAGGAACUGUUGGAGAACCUGGACUACCAGGCAAGGGUCGAGAUGGAGAAAGGGGUGAAAGAGGACCUCCGGGUUUUCCUGGACCCUUUGGACAGAAGGGAGAUCGUGGUGCUCCUGGUGUUCCAGGGCAACCAGGAGACAGAGGGGCACCGGGCAUUGGACUCUCUGGGCCACCUGGCCCCAAGGGACCACCUGGAGACAAAGGGCCAUCGGGACCCCGAGGUUUGCCAGGCAUCCACGGCCCAUCUGGCCCAUCUGGUCAGGAUGGUUUACCAGGAAAUCCAGGCGAAAGAGGGCCUCCAGGAAAGCCGGGUGCCUCUCCUCUCCUUUCUCCUAGUGAUAUCAGUCUCCUCGUUAAGGAUGUUUGCAGUGACUGCCCUCCUGGACCUCCUGGACUCCCUGGCAUGCCAGGAUUCAAGGGUGACAGAGGCCUCCCAGGCCCGCUUGGCAGCGAAGGCCCAGUUGGAAAAACGGGUGAGCUAGGACCCAGAGGUCACCCCGGCCCAGCAGGCGUGGAAGGUCCCAAGGGUACUAAAGGAGACCACGGGACACCUGGUGAGGCUGGACUGAAGGGUGAACAGGGGCAUCCUGGAAUACCUGGCUUCGUAGGUCCUCCUGGAAAUCCAGGUCCACCUGGGUCAGAGGGCUCCCCAGGACCUGCAGGGCCACCAGGAAACCCUGGAGAAACAGGUAAAGAAGGCCCAUCAGGACCUCAGGGGCCACCAGGAUUACCGGGACUUCUGGGCCUUGCUGGAAAGGAUGGCAAAGAUGGCAAGCCAGGACCUCCAGGGGAACCAGGCAAGGAAGGAGAGCCUGGGCUACCAGGACCAGAGGGAGCUAGGGGAUUGCCGGGCUUUAAGGGACCGAGAGGAGAUGCAGGAGCACCUGGCUCAAGAGGAGAGCCAGGUCCAUCAGGGCCUCAAGGCCGGGAAGGACAACCUGGAAAAGAUGGGGAUCCAGGCCCUCCAGGGCCUCAGGGCUCACGAGGACUCAGAGGAGUGACAGGCAAGAAUGGACCGCCUGGCCCUCCAGGGGAAGCCGGCUCCCCAGGAAGCCUAGGUCCGAAAGGAAGCAAAGGUGAACCGGGCAGCCCAGGACUCCCUGGAUUCAUCGGGCCACGAGGACCUCCUGGAGAACCAGGUGAAAAGGGGCUCCCGGGGAAAGAGGGCACUCCAGGGACACCAGGUGGAGUCGGAGACAAAGGUGACCGAGGUGAUCCUGGGACCAAAGGUGAAAAAGGCCCAGCAGGAGUGAAAGGACCAUCUGGUGAUCCUGGGAUUCCUGGGCGCAAAGGACACAUGGGAUUGAUGGGUCAACCGGGACCAUCAGGGGACACAGGACAGGCUGGACCCCCUGGUCCCCCAGGACAGCCUGGAUUCCCUGGGCCUAGGGGUGAUACUCCAUCGCUGGAAACUCUGCGAAGACUCAUCCAAGAAGAGUUAGGAAAACAACUUGAUGCCAGACUGCCCUACCUCAUAAGUCAGUUGCAGCCAGUCCAUGCAAAGGCACCUCAAGGUAGACCAGGGCCUCCAGGAUCACCGGGGAAGGAAGGUCCUCCAGGGAGAGGAGGUCCUCUUGGAGAACCUGGAAGGCCCGGAGAGCCUGGUGCAGAAGGACCAGUGGGGCCGAUUGGCCCCAAAGGUGAAAGAGGAGAGAAAGGAGAGAAAGGAGAUCCUGGUAUCGGUCAGCGGGGCGAAAUAGGUCCCCCAGGAAUUCCGGGUGUCCCAGGUGAACCUGGUUAUAGCAAAGAUGGGAUGCCGGGAGCGCCAGGUCCCCAAGGUGAAGCAGGGGUUCCAGGACUGAUGGGUCCCCAGGGUCCACCAGGAGCCAAUGGACAAUGUGACCCCUCUCAGUGUGCUUACUAUGCAAGCCUGGCUGCCAGGCCCAGCAACGUCAAGGGGCCGUAAAAGGCACAGCAAAGGCCCCUGUGGACCUCCUAUGGACCUACUUCUGAAACUUGAAUGAAACAAGGAAGUCGGGAGAUCUCAUCUGUUUUUGCUUCUGUUUCUUUACGAGAGGCCUUGUAGACUGUUAAAAACAUCAAAUGCUGCCGGUCGGACAAGUUUAUCAUAAUUAAGAAACUAUAAAUUGUGGUGAUAAGUGAUUUUUGAUUUUGAUUUUGUUUUCUCUGCUAUCAGGGCAAACAAAGUUUUUUUUUUUAGAAAAAGAUUUUUUUAAAAAAAUAUAUAAAUAUUGACAGUGAAGCUUAGCCAUUGUACAGACAGAAUCCAGAUUAGACCUGAAAAAAAAGGAAUUUUGGCCUUUGGGUUUUUAUUAUUAUUAUUAUUAGUGUUAUUAUCCCUCAAGGGCAAGCCAGCAGUUCAGUGGAGACCAGGGACUUAGGAAAUCCAGGACUCCACUGAACAGUGUGGCAGGAAGAGGUGGUAUUUUGUCUUGCAGAAGUGGGGGGUGGGAGGAGAGGUCAGGAUCAUCAGAAGCUGCCACAUACCAAGUCAGGGCCAUUGGUCCAAUUGGCCCAGUAUUACCUAUACUUUCUGGCAGCAGCUCUCCAGGAUUUCACAAAGGGUUCUCUCUGGAGAUGCUGGGAGUUGAACCUGGGACCUUCUGCAUACAAAGCAGAUGUUCUACCACUUGAGCUAUGUCCCUUCCCCUAAAGCCCUUCCCCUAUCCACCUUCUUUCCCCUGCCCUCUGCCUUUCUCAGCAUGGUAGUCUGCAUCUAGAUGCUCCAGCUAGGGGAAAAAAACCUACCUGGAGGAAGGGGAAAGUGGCUGGUAAUAGAAGUGGUGUUAAGUACCCCCACUGGAGACUGGUGGUUCCGAUGAAAGUGCCCUGCACAGCUCCUUGAAAAUUUGGACUAAAACCCAGAGUGGAUUCAUUGCCCCACUAGCACUGGAGCCACCAGUCUCCGCUGCUGCUGGGACCUACAGAAAGCAUUAAUGCAGGUUCUAGUUAAGCUGGGCUGUGGGUAUGCCUUCCUUGCACUCCCCCUUGCUGCUUCUGUGUCUAUUAGGGAUGGGGAAGAAAUUCAACUCAGUUCAAAUUUCAAAACUAAUCUAUCAAAUUCACACUUUCCGAAACAAUAUGAGAACUGAAACACAGCCAUCCUUCCAAAUUUGCACUUAUUUGAAUUUUGUGAUGCAGCUCUCUAACCAAACAGUGUUUACAAAAAUGCAUAUAUUAUGGGAGGGUGUGCAUAAAAAUGAAUAUGUUAAAAAUAUAAUAUAAAAUGCAUUAUAUGGUGAGAAAUUGCUUGCAAAAAUGUAUAAAUGAGUCAAAACUGCCUCCCAGAAUGUGUUUAUUAGGAGAAAUUCACACUAAGAUGCUGGAGAAUUUUCAUGAGGAUUUUUUUUAAAAAAAACAAUUCACAAAUUGCUGCAGGAAUGUAGAGAACUGAAUUUAAGACUGGAAAUAUGUGAAACAGAGAGAAUCAAAACUGACAGAUCUUUCCAUUCCUAGUGUUGAUGUUCAGCAGAGACCUGGAAUCUCAGACCCAGGUCUGAAAGUGAAAAUCUCUCUUGGCCCUCAUCAUUCCCAAACCCCUUUUGCCUAGUUUUAAUCAGAGUAUUCUGCACCCGCAUUCAACCAUUCUCAACAAAACAACAAAAAACAUGUUGCAGUUAUUAGCUUCUUCAGUAAAAUGCAUUGCCCCAAUUCUUUCUAUUUCCUUGGCUUGACUCAGUUCCCAAGAGGCUCAUGUUGUAUGAUAGCACAAUCAGUUAGCUGUCUUUUGCAUGUUUGCUCAGAAGGAAAUCCCACUGUGUUCAGUGGGACUGAAUCUCUAUACAACUGUAGGAAGGCUGUUGGUCCAUCUAGUUCCUUAUUGCCUAUACUGACUGGAAGCAACUUCCCAGGGUUUCAGGCAGGGGUCACUCCCCUUCCCAAGCCUAUGUGGAGAAUGCUCAGGAUCAAGCCUGGAACUUUCCACAUACCAAGAGUGUGCUGUACCUCUGAGCUUGUGUAUUUAGGAUUUCAGCCUUAACACCACGUAGACCAACAGGGCUGAAAGUUGCUCCUGAAGACAUGGAAGGGCUGACGUUAUUUUUGGGUGGUGGUGGUGGUGAACCAUUCCCAGGGACAAAGUUUUAAGUGAUAUUAGGGUCAAGAUAAGAACUACCUGAUUGGGAUUAGAGCAAAGUCCACAUCUGAAGCCAUUUGUUCCCCAUCUCUUUGGGGCACUGCAGUCAAGACAGCAUUGCUGAUCUGCAAAGGGUGCUGGGAGAAGCUAGCAGACAUCAAGUCCUCCCAUUGGCUUUGCAAGGUCAACUGAACACUAGGAAUUACAUAGUGGUACAAAGGUGUGAUGCUUUCUUUUUCAGCUGUGACCAGCAUCAGCAGUUCACCAAAGUCCCAGCCCGGGCAGAGAUCAGGCUUGGUACCUAUUAAAAAAAUCAUAAUAAGCUGGAGAUACCAGACACUAAAUCUGAAGACCUCAGGCAUGUGAUUGUUCUACCACUGAGCUUUGAGCUCACCUUUUAGCCACACUGUCACCUUGUUUACAAACAUGCUCUUUGUCCGAAUUAGCCCAGACCCCAGAGUCAACCAUGUGCCUGGGCUUUUGUUUUCCCCUUUGUGAAGGUUUUGAAGCAGCACGGUACAAUGAAUACAGCAGUUGGUGGUGGUGGAAGAAGAGGAGUAGACAGCAAUUCACACUAAAAGACCAGCGUUUCAACAGAAGAAACUCACAGGCUAUGCAGUUGAUUUAGUGUUACAGACAAAUGUUAUUUAUAUAUUUUAAAAGGUGCUAUUUUUAUGUGUGUGUGUUUUGGUGGGGGUGAGGGAAGGCUUUUUGUUGGUGAGGAGUUUUUGUUUUCUCUCAUGUCAUUUAUAAAUGGCUGCUUUUGCAACAUUGCCUUGUGGUGCUAUUUGACUAAGGUGGUGCC